CAUAGAGCUGUAAGUUAAAUAUGUCCAAUAUAAAUUAAUGAUUUAAAAACGUUUUAACAGGGAAACAUCAUUGACAUGAUCUAUCAUUUUCCCAGUGGUUUAUUGUUCCCGAAGAGGUCCCUCAUUUACACAUGAAUGCAAGUAGACAAUGAAAGAAGCACCUCACUACUUUGCAGCCGUGACAUCUCUUACUAAAAGUCGGUCAUGACAGCUCAACAGACAAAAUGAUGUGCACCAGACUACUGACACUGCUUAAGUCACAUGCAGUGAAGAGGAAUCUGCCACAGAUCUGUUCUGCCCGUUUUUCAAGCCUCAGAAGACACCAUGAAAACAUCAUCACAGACUUCUGUCAGCCUGGAUCCUGCUUUAACAAAAGUGAUGAUCACAAACAGAGAAUAUGGUCUCCUUCACUGGCAGGUCACAACUACGGAAAAAGGUUUUUCAGCCUCACGCCUGCUGGGAUUGUCAAUGCAGCUCCAGCGUCUGUACAGCCGUACCUCAGAUUAAUGAGACUGGACAAACCCAUAGGAACGUGGCUACUGUAUCUGCCUUGUACGUGGAGUAUUGGGCUGGCGGCAGACCCGGGAUGCCUUCCUGAUCUACGCAUGCUUGUGCUGUUUGGUGUCGGAGCUUUGCUUAUGAGAGGAGCUGGAUGCACUAUCAAUGACAUGUGGGAUAAAGACUUUGACAGGAAGGUGUCAAGGACAGCCACUCGGCCCAUUGCAUCAGGGGAGAUCACACCGUUUCGGGCUCUGGUUUUCCUCGGAGGCCAGCUGAGUUUAGCACUGGGGGUCCUGCUGUGCCUCAAUUACUACAGCAUAGCUCUUGGAGCUGCUUCUUUGUCGCUGGUGGUCACAUACCCUCUCAUGAAGAGAAUCACAUACUGGCCGCAGUUUGUUUUAGGUCUCACUUUUAACUGGGGUGCUCUUCUGGGUUGGUCUGCUGUGAAGGGAUCAUGUGACUGGUCUGUGUGUUUACCUCUCUAUGUGUCUGGUGUCAUGUGGACAUUGAUUUAUGACACAAUCUAUGCCCAUCAGGACAAAGAUGAUGAUUUAAAAGUGGGUGUGAAGUCUACAGCUCUGAGGUUCCAGGAGAACACCAAACUGUGGCUGAGUGGCUUUACAGGGGCGAUGUUGUCAGGGCUGGUUCUAGCGGGACUUAAUGCGGACCAGACUUUGCCCUUCUAUUGUGCGGUGUCUGCAGUGGCUAUUCAUCUCGCACAUCAGAUCUACGCUGUGGACAUCAACAGACCUGAGGACUGCUGGAAAAAAUUUGCUUCAAACCGAAACCUCGGACUGCUUUUAUUCUUAGGAAUAGUGACUGGAAAUUUAUGGAAAAAGAGAAACGAUGAUCAGUAUGAAACGCAGCUUAACUCCAUUUCAAAUUAGAGUCUGUUGGUUGUGCGACUUGUAAUAAUACCAUUGAUUUACGAGACAUGUAAUGUAAACCAGCGUUUCUUUUAAAAUAUUUAUUAAAUUGCUACAAACUGGCUCUAUUUAUUAAAUAAUUAGAAAACGUACAUAACAUCUAUAAAAUUAAUUUUAACAUCGAGAACAGUGCCAGAAAGUUAAACCUACAUAGACCAAAAACACCCAAAUAUUUUUAUACAGUGAAUACAAAUAUAAAAA